AUGGAAGUGCGCAACCCGCUGUUCGACCACUCCUCGCUGACCGCACCCCUGCCGCCUCCACCGCCCCCGCAGUGUGGACCCCCAGAGGAGGGCGGGGGGCACCCUGAGGCCAGCAUGGAUGGGGAUGCGGGAGACAAGCCCCUUAAAGCGCUUUCAGAUCUGGGCUUUGUGUCUGGUUCUCAGGGAGCCCCGGCCGGGAGACGGGGCUGUGGGCGAGCUCGGGGAGACAGCUCUCUUCCUGUGUCCCCUGCAGGGCGUGGCUGUGCCCAGAAGCUGGGGGCCCUGGGGGGCCUGUCUGGCGUCGCCCUGCUCUCGGCCCUCUGGCUGCUGUGGCUGUUCUGGGGGGCCCCUGGGGGAAUCCCCGCGCCCCACCCCACGCUCACCAUCCUGGUCUGGAACUGGCCCUUUGCCCACCGGCCCCCGGAGCUGCCCAGCGACACCUGCUCCCGCUAUGGCCUGGCGCACUGCAGCCUGAGCACCAACCGCAGCCUGCUGGCCCACGCCGACGCCGUGGUCUUCCAUCACCGCGAGCUGCAGACCCGGCGGGCCCGCCUACCCCCCGACGCCUUCGUGCACGUGGACGACUUCGGCUCGGCCCGCGAGCUGGCCGCCUUCCUCCUGGGCAUGAACGAGAGCCAGUAUCGCAGCUACUUCGGGUGGCGGGAACGGUUUCGCGUGCAGCUGUUUAACGACUGGCGGCAGCGCUUCUGCGCCAUCUGCGCCCGCUACCCCCACCUGCCCCGUGACCAGGUCUACCAGGACCUUCAGAGCUGGUUCCAGGCCUGAGCGCUGCUGGCAGUGGCAGGGGGACCGGGGCUGGGAGCGGGCGGGGUGGGUGGACAGCCAGGUGUUUAAAGCAAAAGCCGGGCAUCUGGCUCCCGCAGGCAAUCAUCCAGCUAAUGUGCAGGCUGGAGUCAGAGGCCAGGGCGCAAGGACGAGGGAGGAGUGGGGCAGUCUGGGCAGGCUGCCUGGAGGAGGAGGCAUCUCUGGCGAAGGCGAGAGCAGCGAGGGAAUUAGUGGGGUGCAUGCUGUGGAGCUGGAUCAGAACAGAGGCCACUGAGAACCCUGCCCCCGACCU